UCCACGCCUCCUGCUUGAUUGUAUCACCAGCAGUCCAGAUGACGCACUGAGGAUCAGUGUGUGAAGAUGGCUCCUUUUCCUGAUGAGGUGGAUGUUUUUACUGGCCCACACUGGCGAAUGAAGCAGCUCGUGGGUCUGUAUUGUGAGAAGCUGUCAAAGACCAACUUCUCUAACAACAAUGAUUUCCGCUCAUUUCUUCAGUCUCUGUGCGCCACCUUUAAGGAGUUUAAGAUGCAUGAACAAAUUGAAAAUGAGUAUAUUAUCGGCCUCCUGCAGCAGCGGUGCUGCACUGUGUACAAUGUGCACUCUGACAAUAAACUCUCAGAGAUGCUCUCCCUCUUUGAAAAAGGUCUGCACAGCGUUAAGAGUGAAUAUGAGCAGCUUAACUAUGCCCGGCAGCUGAAGGAAAGACUAGAAGCUUUUACUCAAGACUUUCUGCCCCACAUGAAGGAGGAAGAAGAGGUGUUUCAGCCCAUGCUUAUGCAGUACUUCACCUACGAGGAGCUCAAGGACAUCAAGAAACAGGUGAUAGCACAGCACUGCAGCCAGCAGCAAUGGGGCAGUGCUGCUGAGGUGCUGAAGGGUUUCAGUCUGUGGACACAAGCAGAGGAGCUGCAGAAAGCCUUCAAAUAUGCCGACCAUGAGAAGACAGAUUAUGAACUGGAGCAGAAUGUGAAUUCUUCAACCCACAUCUCCCAACUUCCUUCAGAAAUCAUGCUGAGGCUUUUCCACUAUUUGGGCCCUGAAGACCUGUGUCGCUGUAGUCAAGUGUGCUCUUCUUGGUCAGACCUAGCCAAAACUGGUUCUCUGUGGAGGCACCUCUACCCUGUGCGCUGGGCCAGAGGUGAUUAUUAUAACGGUCCCCCUGGGGAUCUUGACCAGGAGCCAGAUGAGGAGUGGGUGAAGAGUCGUCAGAAGGAGGGUCGGGCCUAUCAAGAGUGGGACGAGGAUGCUGAUGUUGAUGAGUCUGAUGAAUCAGGGAAUACAGAGGGCUACAUGGCUAUUAGCAACGCUCAGCGGGAGAAGAGACUUCUCCAUGGAAUUAUCCAGAACCUGUUGCCAGCUGUGGGUGCCUCUGUGAAGUCUAUUGUUCUGGCGUACAGUUCUACAGUGUCUAGUAAAAUGGUCCGCCAGAUCCUCAGUCUCUGCCCUAAUAUUACUCAUCUGGAUCUGACACAGACCAAUGUUACAGAUUUAGCAUUUGACAGCUGGUUAUCUCUUGGAGCAUGUUGCUCUCUGGAGCACCUGGAUCUGUCAGGCUGUGAGAAGAUAACAGAUUAUACUCUAAAGAAAUUGUCCAUUGGCCUAGGUGACCUCACAAGCACAGAAAAACGCUCAGACCAGCGAGCCAAGCUUCUCAAAAAUUCCGCUGUACAAAUCACACUGGUGGAUCGGAGUAACAUUCAUCAAGUGAGGAGGAAGCGCCAGGCCUUCAUUUUCAAGCAGGGGACAGGCCGUUGGGGUGCUGCCUGCCCUCCUACACAAGUCUGGGUACUGGACUCUUCAGACCUUGCCGAUAUCGAAGAUGCAGCAGACUGGAGUCGUCGCGGCGGGCUGUCUGUUCCUGAAGCAGAUAGGUUCAUAGAGACGCAGAUUGUGGGAGAUUCAUGCUGUUGCAGAAGGAGCAGGAGGCGAGGGCACAGGACAGGCUCAAACGUCUCCUAUUUGCAACAGCAGUAUGCCAUGUCCAGGGAAGUGUUUUGUGGUCACUCCACGUGCUGUACGAGUGAUGUGGCUCUCAGGACUUUUACAGAGCCACAGUGCGAGUUGGCCAGCAGCAGAGGCAGCACUGCGGGGUUUCGGACUAAAUGCUCCUCAUUGGGGAGUCUGCAGUGUCUUGAGCAUGAAAACAGGACUCACCAGUCAGAGGCAAAACGCUCACUGAGAUUUCUCAGUCUCUCUGGAUGUUAUCAAGUCACUGAUAUGGGCUUGAGGGCUCUGUCUCAGUGUGGGGGGCUUCCUGUCCUGGAGCAUCUGAACUUGUCGGGCUGCCUCUUCAUCACUGAGGUGGGGCUGCAGGAGCUGGUGUCAGCUUGUCCUUCCCUCAAUGAUGAGCACUUCUAUUACUGCGACAAUAUCAAUGGUAACAUCCACAAGGGAAACUUUAGGCCUUUUUUUCUCUUUGGAAACAUUAUACACCAUUAUGAUGUCAUAGUGUAUUCCGUGUUGGUGAAGAUAGUGGAUGGAAAUGUGUGAGCAAUGUAACAAAUAUCAUUAACCCCACCUACACAGCAUGUGUCCUAGUGUAAGUAACCGAUGAUGCUGAGGUGGAAGGUAAGUAAGCAUUAUUGUAGCCAGUAUGAUGUACUCUAUGAACUGCACUGCUUUGUCUGAUUUAUUCUUUAUAUUUUAUUUUAGAUGUAUUAUGUUAAAUUUAGUUGUUUUUUUAAGACUCCUGUGGUUUUGUGGAUGACCACCGUGUGGUGCUUCUCCCCAGGUCCUCAUGCAGAGACGGCCAGCGGCUGCCAGAACCUGCAGUGUGGCUUCAGAGCCUGCUGUCGCUCUGGAGAGUGAUCUUGACAAGCACCACUCUCAUGAAUUCUCCCAUCUCUUUUUAUUGCACUUUAUGCUAGAAAAAAAACAUUUGCUGUAUUUUGUGUCACUUAAAAAGGUUUCUGAUGAAACUGUAACUUUGCUCCUGUUAUUUCCAUUCCCAUCUGUAUUUAAAUGGAAAUAACCCUUUAGAAAAGGGGUGAUAUUGGAUUUGAAGUGUCUGCAAAUGUAAAUUCUGGUUUUUGUUUUGUUUUUUUUUUUUUUUUGGUUUUGAAAAAGUGAGCUAUAGAAAUGUAAAAACCAAGAACUUUGUGUUUUCUGUAGUUAAAACAUGUUUCCUCUGUCACUAAAACAAUGCUUAUUUACACAAGUCUGCUUCUCCCACAGCUGUUUAGUGACCCACUUAUAAUCACCAUAAUAUAUGUAAACUGAUAUUGUUUAUGCAGGAAAAGGGUGAUGUUGAAAAUUAAUUAAAUUGAAUUGAUUGUUACCACCUUUUCUACUAGAGCUGAACAGCAGUCAUGUUAGAAGGAUAAGGUCACGUUUGUUGAAUGGCCCACAUCCUGCUCUAUCCAGUUAGACAUUAAAAUCCUUCAUACAGACACAGUAGCCCUUCAGGUACUGAGACAUCAGUGAAGAGUGUCUAGGCAUAGAGAUUCAUGUUGCUGUAUAGUCUUUGCCAUUUUUGUGAUACUUGUUCGUAUUCGCCAAACCCCUUUUAUUUUUUUGUUAUGCACUCCAAUGUUGCAAGUAAAAAAAAUACGGACCAAUGUUCAUACAGGAGAGACUAUUUUGAUAUGACACUGAAGAGCUUUUAGUGUACAGUAGCUAAGAGGUGUCUGAAUAGAGGAACCCUCGGAAUGGGAACAGCCUACUGUGUAGUUGUUCAGCUUUCAGUACAUUGUAUUACAUCUUUAAUCAGUCUGGAGUAAGAUUUGUUUGCUUGUUUCACAGGUUUUGCAUGAUGCUUUCUAUUGGAAAUGGGAAAUUAAGAAGCAGAACAAUAAAAGUAUCUUGGGAUUAAA